UGGAGCAUUUCAGACAGUAGCUUUGAAUACUUCGAGACGAGCGGACGUGUGUGUGAAAGUAAAGGAUAACCAACAAGCUUACAAAAAUCAACAAAUUCAAGGAUUAAAAAAGAUAAAAAAGAAGUUUAAAUCCUUAAAAAUGAAAUACUUUGAAUUCCUGAGCCUCUCCUCAGUGGGUCUUAGCAUAGCCGUACUGGACAUCCUCAUAGCCCUGAGCAUACUCUGUCCCUCUACUUAUUAUCUGUACUUUGAUUACUUGGAUCUCGAGAGAUGGGAACAGUCCAAUGAUGUGGAGGCCUUGAGUGCAUUUGGCACAUUCGUUUCCACUUUGGUGGAUUAUCUUUGGGUGCGAGAAUUCUCGCAGGUCUUUUACAUGACUGCCACACUCAUUAUUUGGGUCAAGGCAUUGAUUAAUCUGGCAGUGGCAUGCCUUCUAGUCGAUGGCAUUAAGCAGAAACGACUGAUUUGCAUUGCCCCUUGGCUGAUCAACACCUAUCUAUCGAUGGCCGUGGAAACUGGCAUUUUUGUGAGCCUAGAACUUCGAAUUGAUGAAGUGGAUGCUGCAGUGGAUCGUCGGAUAGCGCGUAGUCUCAUCUUUGGCGUAUUUUUAGUACUCAAUUCACUGCUUUCCUAUGGCAUCUAUGCGCUCUAUCGGAAGCUAAAGUCUACACCGAUUGAAAAUAUCGAAGCUAUUCAACCAAAUCCUCACACAUUCAAUGCCUGAAACUAAGUAUCCUUAGGGGAUUCGAUUUUGAAACUAUGUCUUGAAGCAUUUAUAGGUAAAUAAAGUGAAAUGAAAGCUGGUAAA